AUCGCCAAUCCCCAACUCGCUGUCGACAAACGAAUGCACCACCAGAUAAGCUGCCACCAAAAUAAUAAUAAAUAAAAUGUGGUAUGGCCGCCGGCGAUAGCAUUCCGUAUGGGGCUCUCCCCUAAAACGAUCCCUCUCCUGCUCCCAAGCCCCCCUCCCCCCAAGUCCGGGGGAGGAGGGUGGGGGAUUUCAGGUGCAGGAAUCCAUUAAAUCUCUGAACGAACGAGUUGCCCCAUUCGCCAGCGGCGUGUGCAGUCUCGGCGUCAUAUUGUUAUUUUAUUUUAUUUCAUUUUUCCCCGUAUCGAGGCGAAGAGUUGGGAAAGGUUUCCCCUCGGCACGGCAUCUAAGCCGUGUGUUGCAUCGGGCUUUUAUUUCCUUCUACCUGCUCAGCGCUGUGCCUCAUUUCUCAAGGGGUGUCGGGCUCGGGUUUGUACACCUUUCCUGCCCUACCUAGAGAGAGAAAAAAAAAGACCACAAUAUUGCGUGUCCUCAGAACUACAGAUGAUAUCAAAUCCAAGCCUAGAAAAAGAAGACGUUUACAUGAGAUCCAACCAGCUCAGGUGAGAGGGUGCGGGAGGGAGCUAUCAGCAGGUCUACGUACUCCGUACAGAGAAAAACAGAUCAAAAAGCAACAGGAGGGAAACCAGUCCCCAAAAGAAACAACUCGACCUGCACGAGGAAGGCACCAACUGAUCUUAAUCUCCACCAUUCAUUCAAUCGAACAAGGCAGUAAAGGCUGGGGGACUUUUGCUUGGUGCUACUGGGUUUCCAUUACCCUAUCCUUCACCCCAGGUGCUCAAAGUCAAAGCCCAAGGCCAUAAGUAUCAAUGCGUCUGUCAAGAUGGGCGCACCGAAUUCCCGGCCUAGCCGACCAUGGCUUUUAUGAGACCUUGUGCCGGGCCUCAUUUUGUGUAGUUCUCGUUACCAUCCUAGCGCAACGCAUUUUUGUGGGCCGCAAUGAUCCGCAGCGAUGUGUCGCUCUGUUGUCUGGUGGCUCAUGGCCACCUCAUGAUACUCUUGCCAGCUGGAGGCCGUACUUUGACAAGUGGGAGCCCCGUGGAUGCCGAAUGUACGAGUAUCAACCGGCCGACAUACACGACUGUCUGUCGGGCCGCAGCCUCGUCUUUGUGGGAGACUCCACCGUACGUCAGAUCUUCUACGCCACAGCCAAGCGUCUCAGCAAGGUUGUCGCCGACGAAAUGCUCGUCGACGUUCUGGUUUCGCCGAACCCACAACAUGAUGUCGAGUUAGAGAUUGACGGUGUGCGUCUCGCCUUUAUUUGGGAUCCGUGGCUCAACUCGACUGGACUGGCAGCAGAACUACAAAAUUUCAACCCAGGGCCCCCAUCUUCCACUUUAGAAGGAAGUAGUACGACAGCGGCAUCUGCGGCCUUGUUGCUCGUGGGUGCUCCCGGGCUAUGGGCGGCUCGUAGUGGGGGAGAGGAUUAUUUCGAAAUGUUUAAGCACGGCAUCGACACGGUCCGACCAUGGCUGAAGCACGGAAUCCAAGUUGAUUCCUCUGUCUCUGGAUACAACGACCUUCAGAACCGCAUUGUCGUAGCUCCCGUACAGGUCCCUCAGUACUGGAAGCUGGCACCGGCACGAGCAGAAUCUCUAACCAAGGAGAAGAUUUCACGUAUGAACGCGUAUCUCGACGCACUGCCAGGGCAAGAGACCUCUCACGUUAUCACGGCUUACAAUCAGAUGACGCGCCCUGGAACGCGGUUCGCCUUUGAAGACACCGGUAUCCACGUCCGCGAAGCACUAGCAGAUCGCAAGGCCGACAUUCUGCUCAAUCUGAGAUGCAACGGAGGCCUGGUUCGUCAGUCUAGUGAUCACCGCAAUCAGGAGACAUGCUGCUCAGCCUAUGAGCCUCUUCGGAGAGGCCAUUAUCUUGGCAUACUUACAUCGCUCGUCGUGGCCGUAAUCUGCAUUCGUUACAAUUCAAUGCAAUCCACCCUUGCUAGCAAUCACCAUGCGAAACGCCGUCACGAUCAGCCACCUGCCCAACGACUUCAUAUCCCCUUUGCAUUCUUGGCUGUCAUCUUUUACUGCUACCUAGCCGAUCGAACGCAACUGUUCCCAAAGACAGUGAGGCGGUUGAGCGCCGGGGGUCUUGUUAUCUCUCUUAUAGUAGGAGGUGCUUUUGCCGCCGCAUCCCUGCGCAGAUGGCGCCCUCGUCUGGCUCCAAGUCACAUCAGCGAGAGAAAAAGGCCAGGCUCGGUCCCGCCGCUAAAGCCUAGGCAAAGAAAGCUUCCAAGGCUUGAACAUGAUGACGACCCUGGGUUUCUACCUCGCGAGCUGAGUGAAGAGUGGAAAGGAUGGAUGCAGGGCCUGCUUGUGGUUUUCUCUUACCAAGAACUCUCAGACCAGUUGUGGUUCAACAAACUUUCUCGCCUGCCACCCGCUGCCUAUCUUUUCAUUUUGGCAUACGGCCAUACCACAUACUUCUUGCGGACAGAUGACCUCUCGUUCAAGAGGGUUGUCAGUGUCAUCUGGCGCCUGAACGCGCUUCCAUUUCUAGUUUCGAUGGCCUUGAACGUCACGGGAGGCCUCUAUUCAUUUCCGCGAUUGGCAACCUUCUGGUUUGUCGUCGCUUAUUUCACCCUUAGAUGUGGCCAGCGCUUCAACUCCAACCCGACGCUAGUCCUGCUCAAGAUAUGUCUUGCUGCUGUGGCUACAAUAAGUCUUGUCCACACAGACUCGGCUUUUGCCCUUAUAGGCUGGAUUAUACGCUACGCAAUUCCCAACGUAACAUUCGAUGCCGAUGCUGCACGCCAACAAAUCGAACUGGAUCGCUUGGCCCCGUUCCUUGGUAUGAUAGUUGCCGUAAUUGCGCACCGUGUUGCCGUCAUCAAGGAGUCAUACGCACGACUGCGCGAGGAGCGAGCACACCAGCUUUCACCAUUGCCAGGAGUCCCGAUGGACGCCACGGCAAGCAAAAACCUCCGUUACGACACGACUGCAUUGGCGACAGCUACAGGUCCAAACACUCUCGAUCGCAUGAUAGCAACUCUUUUGUUUCCUGACGACCUGGCAUCGUGUGUCAUUUGGCCGCUCAUUGCUGCGUCAUUGGUGCUCGCCGGCUUUGGCCUCUUUUUUGUGCUGACCCUCGCAAUUCCGGGCUUCUUUAGCACUAUGGAGAUCUACGAUUACUGGCACCCGUACAUUUCGUGCCUGCCCGUCCUCGCAUAUGCACUGUUCCGCAACAUGCAUCCCGUGCUUCGUCGUGUCGGUUUUCCGGUCUUAGCCACCCUGGGUCGUAUGUCAGUAGAGACGUACGUCCUGGGCCAUCACUUGUGGCUAGCCGGGGAUGGCAACAGCCUUCUCAGGCUUGGAUUGGCCCGCCGCGCGGGGUUGGGGAGGUUUCAGCAAAACAGUUCCCUCGCAGCGGCCAGUUGGGUGGUUGAGACUAUGAUCAUUGGCCUUGUUUUUAUCUGGUGCAGCUGGCACGCCAGGCAGGCCGUGGUAGACAUAGGGAGAUGGAUCGUGGGCGAUGUUGGUGCUGCACCGCAAACCUCGGGGACCGGUUCUUCAGGAAUCAAGGGCGACCUCGAGAGCGGCUCCUACGGGCCUGGCAUGUUCAACCGUGCACAGCCGGAUCUUUCAGCCCCAAAUCAUACCAUCAACGGACAUCUGUCACACCGGGACCGCUCAAAAUCGCGGAUCACAAAUGUUUUACCCAGUACAGGCAGUACCAAGCUCAGAGUUGGCGCUGUGUUACUGGUAGCCUGGUUGGGCCUCUUCUUAUAUUAACCACCGGUUUGUGUGGCUGGAAGUAUAGUCGUAUGAAUUCUUCGAAUAAUAGGAUACGUGAAUGAUAACAUGGUCCGUUAAUAAUUUUCUAUUUAUUUGGGUCCAGAAAAAAAUAAUAUACUUGAUAUGCUAUUGCUCA